AUGAGCCGCUGUGAAUUGCAGCAAGCCAUUAAGAUACCCCACGCCUCAUUCCCCCACAUCAUCGAUACCAUCGUCGCGCACUCGGACUACAAGACUUUACUCGCCUUCCGCGCCACCUCCUCUUCCCUCAAGACCGUAGCGGACAUGACGUUGUGCAACCACGACAGCGCAGUGCGCUUGACUCUGGAAGGCAAGCCUGGCGAGGAUAACGUCGUGUUUCGGAACGGUCUCGGUGCUCUUCCCUUCGGUCAUCGGGAGUGGCCAUCGGUGCUGAAGCGCAGCAAGGAGGUGCAGAUCGACGGGCACUGCCUAAGCAAUACUGUUCCAACACUCGUAAUCGAGCCUGGGACUUCUCUAGAUGAAGGAACGAGGCAGUUUUAUUCCCACCUACUCAGCAAACAUCGGCGUUACGACCAACUGCUUCUCCUGGAGGCGGGACUCGACCAGCUGCCGCGCUCCACAGCGGUGACAGUAGCGCACGACGACCAGCACCCUCCACUGGCUUCCCUUCCCCCAGUUGAUCAAUUGACACUGUUGGCAGACCCGUUCUGCGACUGCUCUCGCGUAGAGAGCUUGUCACCGUACGAACACUGGGCGUCGCGUAUCACUCUGAUCAUCUGCUCUUCCGGGAACAACACCGGUGCGAACCUUGACGAAAGACCCGACUGCGGCUUGAUCAGUGCCAUCUUCCAGCCCUCCCUUACCCAUCUCGUCAUCUCGGCUGAAUCGUGCACCCAUAUUAGAUACCUUCCUCGAGCUCUUCGGCGGGGCCGCAGAAAGGUUAACAAGAAACUGCAAGUCGAAUUCCGCUUCCGCAUCAUGCCCAAUGACGUGGCCAGGCAUGACAUACUGCAGAGAUUCUCGCUCCGCUACGGCCCGAUGCUCGAUCGAAUGCGUAUUGUCCACGAUCCGACCGCCGGUAGGGUCUGGCCCGACGUCGACUAG